CUUAUGUUAUGCUUGCUCAGCAGGAAAUUAGAAGAAAGUAUAAUCCUCCAAAAAAAUCUAUGGUGCACCUAGGUACUUACUUCUUUAGUAUACCAAACCAUCUUUUGAUGAUUUAUAUUUUUUUAGAACAUGCAUUUGUUUAAAUUUUAUUAUCCAAAAGCCCGUGGGAGAACUUUGUAAUUCGUCAUUAUUUACAAAUAUCUCACAUUGGCCAUGAUCCAGAUUACGUGUCCUCUUUAAUGCGCGGGAACUUGCGAUAUUUUUAGUCUUAUGGUCGUGCGAUGUUUUCAAGAGCGUUAUUUUUUUAAUUUCGCGUUAUUUUUUUAGAAGUACGUAAACACUCGGGCUUUUGAUUUUCCAUCAAUGAAUGAUGGUGUCCUAGAGAUUUGGUGAUAUUGUUUGUGAAAGUGAUAACAAAGUGUAUCAAGAAUGAGUGAAGUGCAAGAAGGCCCGCCACCGGAUGCCGCGGCGCCCGCAGCUCCGCCGGAGACACCAUCUCCUGUAUCAGCAGCUUCCAGCACCACUCCGGCUCCUGGUGCAGCCAUCAGACCAUCUUCUCUUCCUAAACCUUCCGGGCUGAAGCCACCUUCAAAGAUUGGCCGGCUGUGCUCCAAUAGCGCUCCUAAACCAGCUGUGCCCAUCUCUCCAAGAGCUGACGGCAGCUCGGACACGCCGAGGAAACUCAGCGACGACUCGAGAAAACAUUUGUCAGACCUGAUCGAGGCGGAGGAAGACGAGGUGUCGAGCAGUCUGCCCGAAAAACCGCGGAAUCACCGCAAGGCGUCCACCAGCAGCACCUACAGUGGGACCUCGAUGGACGCGCUCUGGGAAAAGCACGCGCGGCGCCUCAGCGAGGCAGGCCUCCGCCGCUCCUCAGACCACAGUGUGGUGCUGACGGAGGAUACUGACAGCUUCAUCAUUGGGGAGCGGGUAUGGGUGGGAGGCAACAAGCCUGGUCAGAUCGCCUACAUCGGGGAGACCCAGUUCGCGCCUGGCGACUGGGCUGGCAUCGUCCUCGAUGAGCCUAUUGGCAAGAACGACGGAUCUGUCGCUGGCGUCAGAUACUUCCAAUGUUCAGAGAAGCGCGGCGUGUUCUCGCGUCUGACACGCCUGACACGCGUACCGCUCGUGUCGCCGUCAGUGCACGACGCGUCGCCCGCUUCCGACGCUGGCAGCGUGUUCGAGCGACCGCCCUCCGGCGCGGCAAGACGACGCGCCUUGUCACCCAAUGGCAGCAUUCGUAGCGUUGUCAGCAGCAAAAUGAAUGCAUCGAUCUCCACAACGCGAGACGGUGAACUCCGAUUGGGCGACCGCGUGAUCGUAUCGAGCAGCCGCGGAAGCAAAGCGGGGACACUUAAAUACGUCGGCGUCACGGACUUCGCGCCCGGAGUGUGGGCUGGAGUGGAACUAGACGAUCCCCUCGGAAAGAACGAUGGCUCAGUCGAAGGGAAGAGGUACUUCGAGUGCGCACCACGCUUCGGCUUGUUCGCCCCGAUAUCCAAAGUGUCGCGGUCGCCGUCCAACCGCAAGCCGGGCGCGUGCGCCAUCCACAGCAACGGUCGCGCGACGCCGCUGCGGCGGUCCAACUCGCGCGAGUCGCUCACGUCGCUCGGCACGUCGAUCGCGUCGUCGCGCGUCGGGACGAGGCUCGGGGGCACGCUCGGCGCUCAGAGAGUGGGACCCCGUGCCUCCUCCACGCCCGUCUCCGCCAAGAACGCGCUCCAGGAGCUUCUACGCGAGAAACAGCACCACCUGGAACGGCUGAUGCGCGAGCGAGAGCUAGAACGCGCGGAGGUGGCUAAAGUGUCGCUGCAGGCCGACCGCGCAGAGAAUGCGCUUGCGCAGCUCAAAAAGGAGAACUUACAGACAACAAGUGAAAACGACAAGCUGAAGGCAGAACUAGAGAAGCUAAACAAACUUCUAGAAGAUGAGAGACAGAAGGUCGAGGAUCUCAUGUUCCGGAAUGAAGAAGAGAAUAUCAACAAAGAAGAUUAUAAUAAAUAUAAAGAAGCCAUGGAGCAAGAGAAAGCAGUCCGAGAACAGCGUAUCCGCGAGCUUGAAGCGGAGGCAGCGCUGCAGACAUCGCGAGCCGACGCUGCAGCUCAUACGCUGCGAGCGCUGGAAGAGCAACGAGCCUCCGAGAUGGCCGCGCUGCACCAGCAACACCGGGAAGAGCUCACUGCUGCUCACACAUUGUCUUCCGAACUCCAGAAACUUCUGGAUGAAGCCUACGCGUUGCUCAAGGAGAAGGAAAGUGAAAAGGAUUCACUCGGCAAAAGCAUGUCGGAUGAACUGGCUAAAGUCAAAGCUGAGUCAGAAAGAGCUCUCAAUGAGGCCAAAACUAAAAUCGCCAUUGCUCAAACAGAAUUUGAAACUCAAAUGUCAGUAUUGACAGCUAAGUUACAACUUGCCGAAUCCAAACUAGAGUCUGAGAAACAGAACUCAGAAAGACUGAGCAAAGAGAACAGCCAGACUAUUUCAGAUCUAAACACUAAGCUAACGCAACUCCAAGCUACGGUCGACGACAAAACGUUAGAAUUGAAUAAAGUUACGGGGUCCAGCAAAGAACACGAAGUUAAUCUUAAUAAAGAAAUUACGAAACUCAAAAUGGAGCUCAGUGCUAAGGUACUAGACUUUGAGCAGCUCGAAGACGCGAAGAAAAAACAAGAAACAGCGUGCAAAGCUCUGCAGGAAGAAAUCACUCGCGUCAAAGAAGAGUACACUAGCAAAGUAAACGAAUAUGAAAGUUUGCUUAACGAAAUUACACAACAGAAUGAAAAGAACAAGUCUGACAUAAUGGAACUGCAACAAAAUCUAGCAUCCAAGACCAAAGAUUACGAAAGAUUACUCCACGAGUCAUCUUCCUCCAAUAGCUCCACUGAACAACUCAUUACAGAAUAUAAACAAACUAUACACGAGAGAGAUAAGGAAAUAAUAAAACUUAAAGAUGACUUCGAACAAACGACAGCUAACUUUAAUAUUAAACACAGUAAAAUUGCGGAGGAGCAUAAAAAAGAAAUUGAAAACCGCAACUCGAAGAUAGAACAACUUAUGAAGGAGAUAGAAAACCACAAACAAGCUCUAGAACAAAGUAAAGUAGAAUUCGACACCCUCAAUACGCAAUUUACUAUAAAUGUAGAUGAGUUACGGUCCCUGAAAGAAGAAAACGAGAAACUAAAACAAACGGUGACUGAAUUGACACAAGCCAAUAAUGACCUGAAAACAAAGAUUUCUGCUAUGGAAUUAGAAAUUGGAGAGCUAAAGCGACAAUUUGAUAGCACAAAAGAAAAAUGUGAUGAGCUACAGAAAGCUAAGGAUAAGAUAGAAACUGAAUAUAUGAACCUUACUGGCCAAGCGACAGACUCGAAUGAGCAGUUUAAUAAUUUGUCUAAGCAUUUAAAGGAAACUGAAAAAGAGUUACAGGAAUUGAAGGACAAACACAGGGAAGUGUCAAAUAAUCACGCAAGGAUAGAGCAAGAAAUGAAACAAAAGCUUUUCAAGUUACAGGAGGAUUUUUCCGCGGAACGCGCUCAAUUAGUAAGGUUGGGGGAUGAGAACGUUGAGAAACUUACAGCCGCUGAGAAUAAAAUUAAGGAAUUUGAGUCUCACACUUUAGAACUAAAUAACCGACUAAGAGACUCUGAAACUAAUAAUGACAAAUUAUCUGAUGAAAAUUCAAUAUUGAAAAAGGAAAUUGAAGGACUUAAAGUAAAAGAACUAGAAAUACAAACUGAAUUUGAAUCAAUACGCAAGAAGCUUGAAGUAGAUAUUGACCGAUACAAGGAAGAGGUAUCCAUUCUGAAAGCAGAAGGAGCGACAUCGGAGGUUAAACUUAUGGAAAAAGUUGACCAACUAACAGAGGCACAGAACGAUUUGAACAAUAAACUAGAGGAAGCUAGAAAACAUGAAGAAGCACUACAAAAAAUAUUAAAUGACACAACAGCGCAAUUGAAUACGCAAAAAGCACAAUUCGAAAAUGAAAUUGCUCAAAUUCAGAGUCAGUUGGCAUCUGCUAAUGAAAAAUCGAAUAAACUCGAAGUAGAAGAAACUAGAUUAAAAGAAUUAUUACAAGAAAAGCAAAACAACAUUAAGGAUAUUACGUUGAAACUAGAAAUGAUUGAAGUUGAUCUAAAAUCGAAUUUAGAAAUUGUCGUCGAAAAAGAUCGCCAAAUAGCACAAGUCAACGAAGAACUGAACAAAACCGUAGAAAGUAAGAAAGAACUUGAGGAAAAACUUAAUAAUGCGUCUAUGGAGACCAGCACAUUGAAACAGAAGUAUGAUAACCUUAUAUCGAACAGGUCUGCUGAAGAAACUGUAUUAAAGGAGCAACUUAGUCAGCUGGAAACAUUGAAAGUAGAUAUGACGGUUUUAACGCAAGAAAAAACUGCACUAGAAUCGAAACAUAAUGAAGUUUUUACUGAACUUCAAAAACUAAAAGAAGAGCAUAAAGAAACUGUCGAAAAGCUGAAAGAAAAUGUUAGCAUUAGCGAAAGUCUAAAGAAAUCCAUAGUAGAAAAGGAGAAUUUUUUGAAAUCUCAAACUGAAAAGACUGAGACUGAUGCAAAUAAGAUAAAGCAGCUUGAAGAAGAAAUUGCUCAUAUUAAGCAAGACAUGUUGAAUAGAGACAGCUCCAUACAGGAGAAAGAAUGCCAGCUGGCUAAGUUAAACGAAGCUUUAAAACUGGGAACAAAUGAAACACAGCAAGUAAUCGCGCAGCUACAAACGGAAAACUCUCAAUUGAAUGAGAAAUAUAAAAAUGAAGUAGAAUCUCUUAAUACAGCAACAAAGUCCUUACAAAGUCGUGUGGCCGAACAAGAAAAGCAACUCGCAGAAUUACAACAGCACAAAGAAAAAGUUGCUGAGCUACAGGAACAAGUAGCAAAAUCUGAACGUGACAUCAAACAACUAACAAGCAUUAAUGAAGGACAGAAAGCGAACUAUGAAGACUUAAACAAACAGCUGCAAGCACAAUUUGACGAAUACAAGAGAGAAAAUAAACGCGCCAAACACGACCUGAAAGCCAAAUUAGAACAGUACGAGAAAGAAUUGUUUGAGACUAAAGAGAAGAAUAAAUCUGAAAUUGAGAAACAGAAUCAGUUACAACAGAAACUUACAGAAGCUGAGAAGAAUGUUCUGGAACUGUCUCAAAAACUGGAACUCAUAAGUGUUCAACAGAGUGCUAAUGUAGAAAAAGAUAAUGUAUUAGAGAAGUUAACAUUAGAACUUCAAGCGACUAGGAAAUCAAGUGCCGAAGCCCUAGCUAAUAGUGAAACAAUUGUUAAUAAUCUUAAAGUAGAUAUAGAACAUAAAAUUAAAGAUUUAAAAGAGAGAGAAGAGCAAAUAACAAAGCUUCAAGAAGAAAUGAAGAACCAAAAAGCCAAAUUAGAGAUUUCUGAAAGAGAAAAGGUGUUGAUGCAGAAGGAAUUGUCGGAUAAAACGAAGAACAUUCGUGACAAAAACGACAAUAAUGCCAUGGGCGCUUUAGGGCAAGGCGAUAAUGCGACACAAAAGUCUGAUGAGAAGGAGAUGCUGGACGGGCAGGUGAGCUUCCUCAACUCGGUGAUCGUGGACAUGCAGCGCAAGAACGAGCAGCUGUUGGCCCGCGUGCACGCACUCGAGUCUGGCUCCACGGGCGCCGACUCCCCGGUCUUCAAUGGCCGCAAACCGCGCGCGGUGGCGCCGCGCUUGUUCUGCGACAUCUGUGACGUAUUCGACGCGCACGACACGGAGGACUGCCCGCGCCAGGCCGCGGAGCCCGACGCGCCGCCGCCGCCCUCCGCGCGCAAGCCGCCGCCCCCGCCAAGACCCUACUGCGAUAUCUGUGAAGUGUUCGGCCACAACACGGAGGACUGUGAUGAAGAGGAAACAUUUUAAGAUGUCUCUUGAACUUUAGCCUAAUGUUACCGUUGUUGUUGUUACUUGUUUUAGUUGACUACUAUUUAUUUACCACCUCCAUGGUAUCAGUUGUUUACUAUUGAAAAAUGUUGUAAAUAAGAUUUAUUGAUCUUUUUAAAACUAAGUUAUUUUUGCAUGUUAACAUAAUCAGGUGAAUGGUUUUAUACAUUUUUCUUUUACAUUACCUAAAUGUAAUGUAAAUUGAGAAAGUAUUUUUAAUGGCACAAAAUAAUCACUUUCCAUCACAAUUAUGAAUAUUAUUGAUAUUAUUGCAUCUUAUCUGUCAAGUUUUUAUUGCUAAAUGGUAUAAAAUUUAGAAAUAAACACCAAAAUAAUAAGGAUUUUUGUAUAAGCAAUAAAUUAAACUGAAUAAUUGA